CCAUGUUCUUCAGAGUCAGGAUGACAGACUGGCAGAAGAGCGAGUCGGGAACAAGGUCUGUGACUAAAAACGAUGGUUUAACUCUGCUUUUCGGAGUAUGACGGAGAGAUUUUAAAGCCACGGAACACGUUUAGGACCGCGGGGGGUUUCCGUUUUUUAUUUUUUAUAUAUUUGAAACAAACUGUGGUUCGGAUUUACAGCGAGAUCGGUAUGUCCUAAUGUUAACAGCGCGAUAUAUUUGGUUUUUCCAAUGGCGUAGGGACCUUUUUUUUAAGGCACAUCUUUUUACAUAUUUGGGGUCAAUGGGGGCCCUCUGAUCGAAUCUAUAACCACAUCUAGUCUGUUUAAAAAAAAACUGCAUUUAAACGGAAUAAAUACGCUGAAUAAAUGUGAUAUAGAAUAACACAUUUCAACAUUAUUUCCUAAACGGUGAGUUGCGAUACCAACGGAAUUUAAUAGCUAUUUGUUUUUUUGACGUUUAACUGAUUAUCGAAUACUCAUCAUUUGCAGUCUACGUGGUGUAAAAGACAACGAAAUAUUAUUACCUUCGGUGAAGCCCUACUGUGGACGGAUUCCAAGAUGACAAGCUCUACCCCCUCGGAAAUGAUUAACCUACGUCUCAUCCUGGUCAGUGGGAAGACGAAAGAGUUCCUGUUCUCCCCCAACGCCUCGGCCGCAGACAUCGCCAAACACGUUUACGACAACUGGCCAAUGGACUGGGAGGAGGAACAGGUCAGCAGUCCUAAUAUCCUGAGGCUCAUCUACCAGGGUCGUUUUCUACAUGGAAACGUCACACUAGGAGCUCUCAAAUUACCCUUGGGAAAAUCCACAGUGAUGCAUUUAGUUGCCAGAGAGACAUUGCCCGAGCCAAACUCCCAAGGUCAGAGAAACAGAGAGAAGACUGGAGAGAGUAACUGCUGUGUCAUCCUGUAAAUACCCACCUCCCUCCCUCUUUAAUCAUCCACCCUGGAUCCAACCAACACACUGGAUGUCCUGUCCUGCAGUCUCUCUAUCAUGCUGACACACACACACACACACACACACACACACACACACACACACACACACACACACACACACACACACACACACACACACACACACACACACACGGUCUCCUGUGUAUAGAGAAGUUUCCCCCUCUAUCACUUCUGUCCUUAAAUCUUCCACUAGUUCAUGGAUGGAUAAACUACUGUUUUAUUACCCCACCAAGGUUCCAACCAAUGACUGACUAACAAACAAACCAACCAACCAACCACCCACCUUGUUGUACUAACAUGUUGUUGACUGUGUUUUGAAAGUCAGUCCUUUCCUCCUUCUGUCAGAUCGCUCAUCCUUCCUGAACUAGGAGAAGAAAGACAGAAUGUCCCUCUUCCAUCUUCCCUUUUCUCCCUGAACGAGGGGACUAGGAACUAGGGGAAAGAGAGACAGAAUGUCCCUCCAUCUUCCCUUUUCUCCCUGAACGAGGGGACUAGGAACUAGGGGAAAGAGAGACAGAAUAUCCCUCCAUCUUCCCUUUUCUCCCUGAACGAGGGGACUAGGAACUAGGGGAAAGAGAGACAGAAUGUCCCUCUUCCAUCUUCCCUUUUCUCCCUAAACGAGGGGACUAGGAACUAGGGGAAAGAGAGACAGAAUGUCCCUCCAUCUUCCCUUUUCUCCCUGAACGAGGGGACUAGGAACUAGGGGAAAGAGAGACAGAAUGUCCCUCCAUCUUCCCUUUUCUCCCUGAACGAGGGGACUAGGAACUAGGAGAAGAAAGACAGAAUAUCCCUCCCUCUCUUUUCUACGACCAAAGCGUAGGGUGUCGAUCAAAAACGCCUCUUUUAACCAUUGGGUAAAAUAAUAUAUUAAUUGUGUAGAUAAUCCUCUAAGAAAACCAAUACUCCAAUACUCCAUGUCUCUAUCAUGAGCCGUUUAAAGGUUAUUGCACUUUUUUACCAUGGUAGGAUGGUCAGAAUUAGGGUGACUAAAUCAACAGAGGCCAGAGAAACAAAAGCGGUCCAAAAAAUCCUGAAAAUGUCACAACAUGGUGUCAGCUCGAUGCUGUCUGAGAAUGUAAGCUACCUGACAGACUCACCUUUCCCCUUGAACUCAUCUUUUCUUUCCCAUCUGCAGGACAUAAAAUAAUAUACAAUAAUAUACAGAUAGAUAUCUGUUUAGUUUCAUAUUUUAGUGUAACGCUUUUCAUAUUCAUUCUAAAUUUCUCUUCUUUAAAAGAACCAAACGAGUCGCUGAAAUGUCAACGGAGCGUAGUAUACCAAGCUUCUUUUUUUUUUCAAAUAUUUUUUUACAUUUAUUUCAGCUCAUGUCAAGUCUAAUACUUUUUUUUUCUCGACCUGUAGAAACAACUUGGUAGACGACAACGACCACAACAUUUAAAAUCCUCAGGAGUUGUUACGAGAAACCUUGCACCUCUAUGUCGGCAGAGUGCUUAUUAUCGGAUGGAUUAGGCUACGAAAUCAGACUUUAAAAAAAUAAAAUAUAUAAUAUAUAAUAUAUAUAUAUAUAUAUAAUGAGCGAUUCAGAACAUGAAUAAUCAUAUUUGUCCUGGUAAAAUGUGUUUUAUAACAUAAGGAAGUGAAAUUUCAUUUCAAAUGAUCAAAAAGUGUGUUUGGACACUCUUCAUAGUGUAGUAAAGGUAAAGGUUCUCUACACUCUUCAUAGUGUAGUAAAGGUAAAGGUUCUCUACGAGGUAAAGAAACCAAUCUGGACACUCUUCAUAGUGUAGUUAUCAGUCUUGAACCUCUACGAGGUAAAGAAACCAAUCUGGAAUAGUGUUAUCUUCUUCCACAUCUCCUUUCUCCCUCCUCUCUUCUUCAGCCAUUUUUUUUUUGCACAACACUGAACGCAUGCGCCCCCUUAACCUCUGACCCCCCGCCAUCCCCCCGCCCCCUUAACCUCUGACCCCACGCCAUCCCCCCUGCC